CUCACAACUCAAAUCUCUAUAGCAAAUCCUCCCAUCCAUUCCAAUUUCCAAAUCAAUCCACCUAUAACGUUUCGGGUCGAGUGGGGUGUCACCGGGCCAACCUCAGUUUUCAAUUAUCCUAGCCCUAGCUUCGUCGUACCUGUCUUCUUCUUCGGCAGAUGAUGGGGAGCAUUGGUAAUGAGCUCUAUUCAGAAAUUAUUCAGUCGGCAGCUACGGAGAUGAAUAGAGAAUCACCUGAAGCCCAAGCAAAUGACAAUUUACUGGAAACUGAUACAGACGAUGCAUGGUACGAUGAUGGAGAUUCUAUUGACAAAGCGAAUGUUGAUAGGGAGUGGGAGAAAAGGCGAAAUCAAUUCCAUACGAUAGGAUAUCGCGACGGCCUCAUUGCUGGACAGGAAACUGCUGCUCAAGAAGGGUUCAACAUCGGCUUUAAGGAAUCAGUAUUUUCCGGGUACGAAUGGGGUCUUGUCAGAGGGAUUACUAGUGCAUUGGCAUGCCUCCCGGCUGAUUUAAAGGAAAAGUUGAACGAAACAGAUGAAACAAGAAACAAGUUCCAGCUUUUGCAUGAAUCCGUUCAAACUGUUUCAACAACCGAUGCAUUGAAAUAUUCUUAUGAAGAACAUAAGAGGAAAUCUGAAACCCCAAAGGAGAGCGCCGAUCCCAGUUCGAAUGCAACAACCAACAUCCUCGGAAACUACCACAUACAACUUCAGUCACUUCUCAGCUCAUCUCCUCUACUUGAAAUGAAGAAUGGCCACCGAGCCGAAAGCAGAAGACAGACUGCAAACUGCUGACGACCUGCAGGACAGAAGCUCCGAAAAUUCCGGGUGGGGAUGGAAAAUAGAAGAGCAUUAUCGCAGAAUCAAAGAACACGCCGAAACUUAUCCCUACGUGUGGGGUUCUUACAUCCUAGUAUAUGG